AUGAUGGACAUAAGCCCGUUACUAAUAAGUAUGAUAUCGCAGUUUCCUCCUAGAGUCUCUAAGAGUAACCCGGCAUACAUACAUGAAAAAAAAAAAGACCCAUUCCAGAUCCCAUCACGCACUAUCACUUACACUUCCAACUAUCGCCGAGCCGUGAUGAACCAGAUAUUUAUCAUAAACCGCCUGGGGGCGACUACUCUGCCAUCCUAUCAUCAUGCAUCCGCCGAAAACGCACAACCGGGCGCUUGUUCGCUCGGGGUUUGGAGUGAGUGAGAAAGUAGGGAGGGGCAUAAUUGAUCGAUUGACCCCCCUCCCCCUCCGCGGGGGGGAUUCUAUCGGUUUCCUUAGUUGAGGUUGCUCUACUUGGCAGGUGUGCUGUGUGCAUACGUGUUGACGGUGGGUUUGGGAAGGGUGGGCUAUUUCACAACUAACUCCAUCUGAGCUGUGGGAGGGAUCCUUUUUCUCUUUAAUUUUUUUUUUUUGCCCUUUUUAUUCUUCCGGGGUUUACCUGGAGCCCCCCAUCGCCCAUCUCCCGCAUGCUGUGUGCAGAAUUGGUCCGGGGACGUCGGCCCGCUGAUGGAUGGAGCAAGGGUGUGUUCGGAUGUCCGUAUGGAUUGGGAUGAUGACGAUCCCUCAUAAUAUUUGCGGUACUACCGCACUACUUAAGAGUGAUGUAUUAAGGGGAAGAUAAAAGGGAAAUAAAAAAUAAAUAAAAUAAAAUAGGAGUAUUUCAUUCGAA